GUGUAUGGCUCUGGGGAGUGGGAUUUUCCCCUUGAAACCCUUUAUUUUGCAAUGGAACAAAGUAAACCUUAAAAGCUUUACACCACUGUCAACGAUUUCAUGGGACACUGACCACGUUAAAUGCUUUUCUUAGAUCACACUAACAUGUUCAGCAGGACUGAGUCCUUGGCUUCAAUCAAAAGCAUCUGCGAUUUGGUCGACCAUGCUAACCAGGGCUGUCAUGGUAGAUUGUCCUUUAAGAAAGUCAUGUUGGGCAUUUAUAAGUACUAAGUAGCCUAUUUGACUCAAAAUAAUCAAUUAGUUUUACAGACUAUCUUUAAAAUGAGAGCAGGCACAGUAUGGCAAUAGGUCUUAAGUUUGACAGCUGUGAGAGGUCACCUUUUAUAAAGAUGGGGAUGGCCCGUGCAGUCUUAAGCAGCCAGGAAAACAGCAAUUUCUCAAACAAGGAGAAGUAAUAGAUUUGAAGAGGAAAAGGAACUUCAAUUCAUGCCGCAAGAAAGAUAACUUACAUUAUCUGUUAUAAUACUUAGAACAACGUUUAAAUCAAUUAAGUGUUUUCUUCUCUAAAAGUGCAAUUUAAAAAGAGGCAAUAGAUUUGAAGAGGAAAGGAAACUUCAAAUCAUGUCGCAAGAAAGAUUAUACAGUAUUAAAAAUCUGAUGUACUUAAAACAGCCCCUAAAAAAAUAAGAUGUUACCACUCUAGAAGUGCAAAUUAAAGUCAGUAAUCAACUGCGUAAAACAUAAAUUUAAAUUAUACACAACUUGAAUAUGGCUGAUGCAAUAUUAUUUGAAGAAGAUUAAACCUAGAAGCAAAUUUUUCUUUUUAAUAAGAAGACUAGUUUGACGUGGAAGACUAAUUUGACAUGAUGGGACAUAAAAGUCAAGCAAAAAAAAUCAAAUUUGCUUCAAGUAAGCUAUGCUGUAGACAUUUAUUACAAAACAAUAUUUGAGCAAGAGUUGUAUUAAAGUUGAUUGAUUCUUGUAUAUCAAAGAUGAACAACAGAAGUAGGCAUACAAAGCCAACCGAGUAAUUAAUUCUAAUUCUAGCAAGUCUUUAGAGUUAGAAGUAAGAAAUUAAAAACUACGAUGUUUAAGAACACUAAAAAACCUUCCCUCGAGUGUCCAAUAUGUAGGAAAAUGUGUUCAACUCUAUUAGGAAUGAAGGGUCAUAUAUAUUUACACACAGGUGAACACCCCUUUAGAUGUUUGUCAUGUGAGAAAACAUUUCUUCAACUACGUCAUGUAAAGUCUCAUUUGUUGACACAUUCUGGGAAGUAUCCUUGUAAAUGCCCUAAAUGUGGAAAAUCCUUCACAUCCAGUAGCAACAUGAAUAGGCAUGCAUUGAUUCAUACAGGAGAGCGACCUCAUAAGUGCAUUAUAUGUGGAAAAUCCUUCCAAACCAUUACUAGAAUGAAGGAACAUACAUUGGUUCACACAGAAGAGCGACUUUAUAAGUGUACUAUAUGCGGAAAAUCUUACAAAACCAAGAACAGUAUAAAAAUUCAUACAUUGGUUCACACCGGAGAGCGACUUUAUAAGUGUACUAUAUGUGGAAAAUCAUUUAAAAGCAAGCAAUGUUUGAAGCAACAUACAUUAGUUCACACAAGAAAGCAAACUCAUAAGUGCACUACAUGUGGAAAAUCCUUCAUAUUUAGCGGGCAUUUGAAGAUUCAUACAUUGGUUCACACGCUACUUUUACUUGUGGAAAAUUAUUCCAAACCAGUAGCCAUGUAAAGAGACAUAAAUUAGUACACACCGGAGAGCGACGUCAUAAGUGUAACAUAUGUGGAAAAUCCCUUCAAACCAAGAACGCUAUGAACAUUCAUACAUUGGUUCACACAGGAGAGCGACCUUAUAAGUGCACUACAUGUGGAAAAUCCUUUAAAAGCAAGCAAUGUUUGAAGCAACAUACAUUAGUUCACACAAGAAAGCAAACUUAUAAGUGCACUACAUGUGGAAAAUCAUUUAAAAGCAAGCAAUGUUUGAAGCAACAUACAUUAGUUCACACAAGAAAGCAAACUCAUAAGUGCACUACAUGUGGAAAAUCCUUCAUAUUUAGCGGGCAUUUGAAGAUUCAUACAUUGGUUCACACGGGAGAACGACCUUAUAAGUGCUCUACUUGUGGAAAAUUAUUCCAAACCAGUAGCCAUGUAAAGAGACAUAAAUUAGUACACACUGGAGAGCGACGUCAUAAGUGUAACAUAUGUGGAAAAUCCCUUCAAACCAAGAACGCUAUGAACAUUCAUACAUUGGUUCACACAGGAGAGCGACCUUAUAAGUGCACUACAUGUGGAAAAUCCUUUAAAAGCAAGCAAUGUUUGAAGCAACAUACAUUAGUUCACACAAGAAAGCAAACUUAUAAGUGCACUACAUGUGGAAAAUCAUUCACAACCAUUAGCAAUAUGAAAAGACAUACAUUGGUUCACACAGGAGAGCGACCUCAUAAGUGUACUACAUGUGGAAAAUCCUUCACAUUCAGUAGCAAUAUGAAAAGACAUGCAUUGGUCCACACCGAAGAGCGACCUCAUAAGUGUACUACAUGUGGAAAAUCCUUCACAUUCAGUAGCAAUAUGAAAAGACAUGCAUUGGUCCACACCAAAGAGCGACCUAAGUGCAAUAAAUGUGGAAACCCCUUUAAAACUAAGGACUGUCUGAAUAAACAUUCUUUGGGUCAUACCAGCGAGCGACCAAAAGUGCACUACAUGCGGAAAAUCCUUUAAAACCAACAGCCUACAUUAGAAAAACUGCAAUAUAUUUAAUGAAACAUUGAUCAUUGUACAGCGUGGUGUUUUCCUAAUAAUGUUACGAGGAUUUUAAAACGUGACUAUGCCAUGAAUUGCAAUGUUGUUGAUCCCACUUAUAGGAUUUUUUUGAAUCGGUAGGAGUCAACAAUCAUUGUUUUUUUUUUUAGUUAGAUUUCUUAUUAAACUUUUAAAUGAAUUUAUUAAAUUUAGUUUAUGAAAAUUGAGAAGGUCAAGGAAAACAUAGCAAUUAAUUACAAGGUUUAAUACUACAAGAAUAUAAAUAAUCUUACAAAGCAAAAUAUUGUAAAGAUAUUUGCUCCAUUGUUCAUCAAAUUUAUAUUGUUAUAAAGGGUGAUUGAGAAUAAACCGGGCAUUUUAAAAAUAAACAUUAAUCAUUGGAUUUUUUCAAUUAGAACUUUUAUGUCUGAAAACACUUGCCAUUUAAGACAUGCAUUAUUUGCUAAACAUACUAUAGGCUACACUUGUAAGAUAUCCUUAACUUUUAGAAAAUAUCAGGUGGAAUCCACUUUCAUUCAUACAGGUUUGAGUUAUUUUCUUAAUUUCUUGCAUUACACUUCCAUAAAAAAAAAAUAUUUCUGCAACUUCCUGGUAAAUAGUGUCCUUUAAGAUCCAUCAGAGUUUGGGGUUUGUUCAGAGAAACGUCUCCACAAAAAAUUCACACACACGCACAAAUCUCUUAAUGUGGAGGCUACAGAAUACCACGGGAACACAAAAUAAACCCUUUAUAGGAACCUCUAAUACACAACACCAAUGCCAUUGAAUCCUGAGUUGUAUUUACGGUCAAUGGUAGAAUGUACGGUGGAUCUUGUUGCAAAUAAACUAAGGUACAUUUUGUUUAUCAAACGUCUUACCUGUGACUUAAAAAAGUUCUUGAGCACAUCAACACAUUGUAUUUAAUUCCUCAAUUUGUAUUUAAAGCUUGCCAAGCCCUUUAAAAAUGUACUAUGUGGGAACAGUUAUUUGUUUGGCCAAACAGCCUCUUUUUCGGAUGGGUCCUCUUUCCCUCAAAAUUCUAACCUACUUGAGAAUUGUAUUUUAGCUGAGAAUUUAUUAAAUCAUGACGUCUAAGAUGAAAGGGAACUAAUAAAAAGUCCCUGCGCUGCCGUGAUAGGCACGACAUUUCGCACAUAUUCACAAUAGUCAAACGUGUAUGGUGUUUAUUAUCUAGUGCUCCAUGACUAUUAAAAUAAGUUUUUUACAUACAUAUAACAACUUGAAUACAGGGUGUUGUUUUUUUUUUACGCAACACAAAUAAUUACAAGUAUUGUGAGGUUGAUUACUAUAUUGAAUUUAUAUUAAAUCUUAAAUUAGGAUAAACCUACAUUAGUUACAUGUCUCACAAAGUUACAUAAACUAACUGAUAUAUUAAUUUAAGUAUAUUUGUUAAUUGUUGUAUCACUAGUGAA